AUGUACCAGGAGGUGGCCUUGGCGGGCAGCACGGAGCACCAGUUCACCAGCUUCCACUUCAACCCCCCGGAGAACCCCCAGGAGGUGAGCUCCAAGAAGGGCCUGUACUACAAGCGGGCCCAGCUGCUGCUGCUGCAACCCCAGCAGCGCCACGCCCCCCCACGCGACGACCACCCCGAAGACUCGGCCUCCCCCUCGGCCAUCAUCAACGUGGGCGGCAUCAAGUACCGCAUCCCCUGGUCCACGCUGGACGAGUUCCCCCUGACGCGGCUCGGCCGCCUGCGCGGCUGCAGCAGCGAGGCGGAGAUCAUGGCGGUGUGCGACGACUACGACGUCCGGCGGCAAGAGUACUUCUUCGACCGCAGCCCGUCGGCCUUCCGCACCAUCGUCACCUUCCUGGCGGCCGGCAAGCUGCGGCUGCUGCGGGAGAUCGCCCUGUCCUUUCAGGAGGAGCUGCUCUACUGGGGCGUGGAGGAGCAGAGCCUGGACUGGUGCUGCCUGCGCAAGCUGCGCCUCAGGCAGGAGGAGUACAAGAUGCAGCGGCGGCUGGAGGAGGAGGAGGAGGCCGCCGCCGCCGAGCUGACGGCCCGCGUCCCCGUCCGGCGAGGGGGAGCCGGCCCCGCCGGGGGCCACGCCCCGGCGCCGGGGCCGGGGCGGGGUCGGCGGUGUUGGGUGGUGGUGGGGCCGGCCGGGCCGGGGGGCGUCCAGGACGAGGAGGGCCAGGGAGGGGACUGCAUGCGGCGGCUGCGGGACAUGGUGGAGAACCCGCACUCGGGCGUCCCGGGGAAGGUGUUCGCCUGCCUGUCGGUGGUGUUCGUGGCCAUCACCGCCAUCACGCUGUGCAUCAGCACCAUGCCCGACCUCCGGGAGGAAGAAGAGAGGGGCGAGUGCUCCCAGCGCUGCUACAACAUCUUUGUGCUGGAGACGGUAUGCGUGGCCUGGUUCUCCCUGGAGUUCCUGCUGCGCUUCAUCCAGACGCCCAGCAAGUGCGCCUUCCUGUGCACGCCGCUCAACAUCAUCGACGUGGUGGCCAUCCUGCCCUACUACAUCACGCUCAUCGUGGACUCGCUGUCGGUGGGGGGCCGGCCCGGCGGCUCGGGCAACAACUACCUGGAGAAGGUGGGGCUGGUGCUGCGCGUGCUGCGCGCCCUGCGCAUCUUCUACGUCAUGCGUCUGGCGCGCCACUCGCUGGGCCUGCAGACGCUGGGGCUCACGGUGCGGCGCUGCACGCGCGAGUUCGGCCUGCUGCUGCUCUUCCUCUGCGUGGCCAUGGCGCUCUUCUCGCCGCUGGUGUUCCUGGCCGAGAGCGAGCUGGGCGCCAAGCAAGAGUUCACCAGCAUCCCGGGCAGCUACUGGUGGGCGGUCAUCUCCAUGACGACGGUGGGCUACGGGGACAUGGUGCCGCGCUCCAUCCCGGGCCAGGUGGUGGCGCUCAGCAGCAUCCUGAGCGGCAUCCUCAUCAUGGCCUUCCCCGUCACCUCCAUCUUCCACACCUUCUCGCGCUCCUACCUGGAGCUGAAGGAGGAGCAGCAGCGGGCGCUGAGGCAGAAGCCCGACUCGCACCUGGACAGCACCAAGUCGCACAGCGAGGACUCCCAGGAGACCGACAGCUACCAGGGCGCCGCCGAGGCCGCCAUCGCCGCCGCCGCCGCCGCGCAGCGCCGCAAGUCCACCGCCGCCAUCAUCGCCUCGCAGCGGGCGGCCGAGAUCAGGAGGUCCGCGCAGACCUAGGGCCCGGGACCUCCGGGAGAGGGCCUUUGGUGGGGUCUUCCUUCGGGGUCCGGUCGCUGGGUCUCUGACUGGCGCAGUGCCCGGCGGGGUCAAAGCCAUAAGUUUGGGGGGGGGGGCCCGGAGGGCCGGUAGCAGGAGCUUUUCAAAGUGGACCUGCUUUGGUGGCACGUCAAACUGAAGUCCAGAUUCAUCAUCUUUGUUUUUGUUUGGCAGGAUUUUUGGGCUUUGAUGGCGGCUCGGAACUGGGCACCGGCGUGUGUGGGCCUGAGGUCGACUAAACCUUGGCAAUGAGCUGCUACCGCCUCUAUGGAAGAAAUGGGACUCCAUUGGACACUCAGAAAGCAGUUAUCAUGGAGUCACCUGCGAUCACAAAGCAUCCUUCAUAGUGCGACUGUGAUGUGCUCACUGCACCAAACUUGACAUGUGUUUGUAGAAUAAGAAGUUUGUAGCUCGUCUGAAUAAUUUAGUAUUCAGACGUCAGUGGGUGGUAGAGUGUCCUUGACCGAGGCGUCUUCAACCUGCAAUUCACAUUUUCCUAAUUUCUAUGCAAAUUACGCUUUUAAUUACGCUUUGAAAUAGAUUGAAUUUGGCCCUAGAAACAUCCUUUGUAUUUGAAAAAAAACGGGAGGAGACAUUGCAACAGAUUUAGUCCGUCGAAGGCCCACAGCUAAAAUGACGCCGGCCCAGGUAGUUAACGAUUUCAAAGCCUUGAGGGAAAACUACUUGAAUAUAAUUUAUAAAGAACACAGAAUCGAUUUCCUUUAGACAACAAAACGAAGGCUGCGUGGUUCUCAAAGACAACACCUGCCUCCCUUUGUUUGCCUUAGAAGUGAUAACUGCUAGCUUGGAAAUAAGACAGAGAAUUGUGUCUCCAACUUCAAAAACUUUUAGAUGAAACACUUUUCUUUCAGAACUAUUUGUCAUCGUUGGGUCGAGGUGGAUAAUGUUAAUGGGCAUUACGUUUGGAGUGACAUCUCUCCACAAGAGGUCUAAACCCAUGUUGUCUCACGUGAAAAAAAUAAUGAGGACACUUUGAGGUGUAGCCAUUGGCUCAGAAGAAACCCUUUAAAAGGCAUGGAUAUACAAGGGAUCACGCUUUAGCAAAAAAUGAAAUACGCUUUUUUUUAUGCUAAACAAUUUCUUCUUUGAAACACGUUUUUUGCUGAAGUUGAAGUUGCAAUAAGACAUGUGAUUUAUAUAUAUAUAAUAUAUAUAUAGAUAUAUAUUAAA